CUGAUGAGCUAAAAUGAGGCUGUGGCUGCUGAGUUUGGUGGCAGGGGUCACCUUGGGGGUGGCCGGGACCCCUCUGGGAAAAGUCUCAACAGGAAGAAAACAAGCAGAGGAGGAAAAGGCAGGACAGGACAAGCUCAAGAAAACAAAGAGAGACUUCUUUAUAAUUGGUGGUUACUCAGGAAUAACUGAAACAACAUCAAGUAAGAAUGAAGUUGCUAAAACUUCACUCAUUUGUAAUGGUAGCUGCACUGAAUCUAAGAUGCACCAUUUGGAUAGUUCUGAGAAAGAAAAAGGAGAAGGAAAAGGACAAAGAGAGCUUGAUCCCUACAAAGAGUCCCUGGGUACCCUGGACCUUCAAAGGACCAUCCUCCUCCAGUUGCUUAACCAGACAAAGCCCUCUUUCUAUGUGCAGGCUAUGAACAGGAGCUCGGAAAUGGAUUUUACCCUUCAGAAUCUAAAUGGCAGCAGCAUCAGAGAUCUCUGUGAGGGCUGCUGUGAGGAGAGAGAGAAAGAGGAGCCAAACCUAAGCAGGAAACUAAGUAUGACAUUGAAGUCUCCCAGGAAGAGAAGACCUGGCCAGUGGACACUCCUUAGGGGUGUGGCUCUCCCGCUUGAGAACAGUUCCAUCAAUAUGGUGAUAAUGUUUCAUAAUGGCACUCAUAUCGGCUAUCAAGAUAAGAAAGUCACACACCAGGCUGAGAACCUCAGAGAAGGGUGGUGCUCUGGCUGCUGCGAAGACAGUGAAACUGUGGUGGUCCUUGAGAGAAGAGAGGGAGAAGAAGUCAGAGAAGUGCCUCCUAUUACCACUGAUCAUGGUGGUCAGGUCCUAGGGAACUCUGGCUCCACAGAGAUGAGAUUUGCUCACCUCUCCGAAGUUUCCCAUGAAGCUGGAGGGCAGUUUGAUCUCAGCUAAACAGUGCUCUAGUCUGGGCCUCUACCUUGAAUAAGACCUAGCACAAUGCCCAGCAGGAACAGAGCACCACAAGAAAUAUUUUACUUGUGUUGAAGCAAUAAUUGUGGGAAAUAAAAGAUCCUGUGUUCCAUUCCCUCCAGGUGACAGCAGGAACCAGUCCCCA